AUGAGCAAGCAUAACAACUUUAGACGCCACAAGAUGGGUGGUCAUGAUGCAGAAGGGCUGAAGAACUUCUGGGAAAAAGUCAUCCAAGAGCAAACUAAGCAACGAGAAGGUGAAGAGUCUAGGUUAAGCAAAAGUGCCCUGAAAAAACUCCGCCAGGAAUGGACUCUGCGGCUAGAAGGCCGAGCAAGACAGGUCCAGGCGCACACAAAAACACAGAAGGAACAAAUGACGCUGCUGUCCAUUGAGGCUCUUCCCUCGCCAGAUAAAACUGUUUCUUAAAGCUACUGUGAAAACAGAGAAAGCACUGGGCCUGAUUCUGACCUUCUGCAUGUACCUAUAAACCAGCAGUUAUACUGCUGAACAAACAAAAGGUCAGGAUCUGGCCCUUUUCCAGACUACUUACUAGACCUACUAAUAAAGUCCUACUGAAAUUCAGUGCAAGAAAAAGUCCACAGUACUAAAUCAGAAGCAGACACCUUUAAUUCUCCAUGAUAUAUUAUUACUGCGAUGCAGCAGGACUUUCUUACGUAACUCUGCAUUUCCAAGUGACAACAGCAUAUUUCUAGGAAAAAUGAUCACUUGUUUAAUAGGAAUAAUGCAUUCAGACAGCUGCAUGCAAAAUUGCACAUUUCUAUUUACAGAGCUCAGGCUCUGGCUUAAUGCAGAUAUAAGUUGUUCUGCCUGUGUUGAUGAGCCACAGUGAAGGGAGUUAAGGAUUAGUCUGAUCAGCUGGACAGAAGGAUAAAUAUAUUCUUUAUUGAAAUAAAGAAAAAAAAGAAUGACAUUUUCUGAUGAACAUAAAAGAAAUUUUACAGACCUUAAUCAUUAAAAGAACAGAGGAACAGAUUUUGACUUUCAUGGGGUAGGUAAGAAAAAGACUACUGAGGUUAUUAUGAACCAGUCUGAGAAAUGUCAGAGCAAGUGAGUAUGAAAGAGAGUUUGAAAUAGAAGGCAGUGAAUCAGUUCAUCGUAGCAGCACAGAAUGUUUUGCAGGGUAUCAUUUGCUAUACCUGGUGUGCACUAAUCCAAACACUUGCUGCGUUUCAUCUUCUUCUAGAUCAGGUAGAAUAUAGGGAGAAAUAACUAAACACAGGGUAAUAAUAGGGUGUUCUGUUUACGUACAUGUCUGUGUAUCUCAAUACUAUAUCUUUUGGAUUAAAACAUUUACUUGUUAUCUCUUCAAUUAACUUCUUUGAUAUGCAAGAGAAGAGUCAUAAGUCUAAACAACCAUUUUUCUCUAACAGUAUUGAGCCAGCUGGAAUUUACCUUGCAUCUUUAUUUAAACUGAAGAAGUAGAUAGCAAUACAUUUGAUAAAUUUCAAAACAAAACAAAAAUUGAACAAUUUUGACAUCACAGAAAUGCUUUUUUAUCCUUUUAAAACAUUUCAUUAAAACACACAAUCUUACAGAAUGUUCCCACUUUUACAUAGUGACAUUCUCCCAUACAAAAAAAACAUGUUAGCACUAAAAUGUUGUUAUUCCACGAAAGAGUAAAGCAAUUAAAAACUCAUUAAAUGUUCUCUAGUUAUCAGAAACUGAAAGGAAUGUAGAAUCAGCCUCUUUUCAUAUAACUCAACCCAAAAAGCAAUUGUUUCUUC